CGGGAAGCACAAUCACCUGUUGGCUCCGUCCGUCUGUCACACCACCUUACUUUUGACACGAAUAUUUUAACGUAAUUGAGCCAGCCGAUGCGUUUCAAGCUCUUGUUGGUUUAACAAAAACGACCGGAGAGCUCUGUCAGACAUGCUUUGAACAGGCUUGGCGUGUUUAUGAUUCUUGGAGUACCGACCGAGCAGCUGUCGCUGGACCAGCGGGCUUCAUGAUGUGGUGCGAUGACCUCCAUGACACCGCCGCCGCUGCCAGUCUUCUGCUAUGAGCUUGAAAGCCAGGGUAUCCUGGCGGUCUGGGGCUUUAACAUGCUAAAUCUGACCAGGAAGCUUUGCUGUGUCUCAUUUCCUGCCAGCUCUCUACUGGAGUCUAUCUGACAAAGACAUCAAAUACCCCAAAAUAAGUAUAGUGAAAAAAACGGAUCUGAAGGCAUGCGAGUUCAAACAGCAAAACUACUCUUCACGCUUUCUCCAUCGUACCACCUUAAUGAUUCAAAUGAAUCUUCACUGGCAGUUCGAGUUCCUCUUCCACCAUCAUGUACGCGAUAGCCAAGACACAAGCGGAAGAAUUUUCACUUGGUGUUGCCCAAAUCUUCUCCACAGGGCCCCAACAAAGGCAGCAGGGAAGCACCAACAUCCCAAUGUGCAUGUUUACUAAACAGGAGGCCGAUGGAGAUUUAAUUGCUGGUUGUGUAAGACGAGGCCUGAGCAGACGGGAAAAGAAGUAGGUUUUUACCUGAUGGCUAUUCCAGGCUCCCUGCAGGUUGAUGGUCCAGGAGAUUUACGAGGGAGGAGGGGGGAUCAUAUCCCUCCUCCGCCUGAGAGUCAAACAGACGAGCGUCUCAACAGGACAGUCAGACCUCCAGGUUGCACAGGGAGAAGACAGGAGCUUGUUGUCUGCUUCCCAUUGGUCCUCUCUGGGCCUGCAGAAAUGAUCGUCCAAAGGUUGAUUCAUCAUUAAUAACAGAACAUUGUCUUGCUGACUUUAUUGAAACUUCUUUUGACAUAAACUGCCUGCUUUAUCUCAGAAAUUGACCGUGGGCAUUUUUAGUUAUUUUCUUGACAUUUUAUAAAAAGUGAAAAUAAUCAGUUAUUAUUUAGAUGUAGCCCUAAAUUUUUUGAACGUGCAGCUCAUUAGAACCAGAAUCCUGAUUUUGGUUUAUUUAUGUAUUUUGGUGUAUAUGAUGUGUCUGGACACUGCAUGAGGGAACUGGAGCUCAUCAGCUUUGUAGCUUUUAUCCCUUUAGCGUAAAACUAACGCCCACAGUAUGGCCUGCUUCUCAACUCUUCCUCUUCUGCGUUGUUUUUACAAUUCGAAUUGAGCCAUCACUUCCUCCCUUUCUCACGUCUGCAGAGCUCAGUUUCAGGUCCAGCUCCUCAGCUCCUGCCAAUGAAACUCUAUAUCUGAGCAUCACGGCUGCAGUUAAAGCCUGAGAAUGGAAACGAGCACUUUGGAAAAGACGUGAUAUCUGACUUAUCCCAAAUCCCACUCUUUGGCUGACGCGGCCUCCCUGAAAAAUGCAACAUGUGGGCCAUCUGUUUUCGUGGUUUGGAGUGGUGACUAAUGAAAUAUCAGUGGCUGGCCAGCGGUGAACCUCCGUGAUCAGAGCAUCAGUGUGCUUCUCCCCCCUUUAGAAAAUGCAGGAGGCUAAUUUUGGUGCAGACAGCUUAAUGGCUUAAGUCAGGCCGUAUAAUUUGUUUCAAUUUCCACUGAAUAACAGAGCACCCGGAGAGGUUCGAUUGAUUAUCUGUCUGAGCGAAAUUCAAAACGUUCUUGUUUUUUGUCUUAAGUGAGAUUAAAUGUCUGUGGACUGUUGUUUGGAUCAAACAGGCAUGAUGAAAACACUGUGAUGGCUAUUGGUCACCUUUCUGCGACAUUUUGGUUUUGCAUUAUUUGUAAUGGUUUUCUCCAUUACAAAUAAUGGAGUACAAAUACUCCAUUACACUAACAGUCCUGAAUUCAAAAUGUUGCCGAAGUGAAAGUACAGAAAUAACAUCAGUAAAAUGUACUUAAGCCAUCAGAGCUGACUCAUUAUGGAGAAUGACUCCUUUCACUUUGUAUUAUUAGUGAAAGAAGUAUUAUGUCCAUAUUAUGCUGAAUAUUAUAGUUUUUUUUAUCACUAACAAACACAGAGUAUCUUAAUGUUGUACUUUGUUGAUGUGGAGCAAAUUUUAGAUACUUUGAAUAGUAAUGAGUAGAUCAGUGGGCCAACUGCAGCAUAUCUUCUAAGCAUUUACUGUGUUUUUUAUGUAAAAAGUAAUGUACUACUGCUAAUGUACUACUUUAAAUGAAUACAAUGCAAUAUAAAGUUCGUUAUUGUCCUCAGACAUUUAAAGUACCUAAAAAUGUACACUAAAAAGUGUACACUUAGUGACGUAUCACCACUGGCUCCUUUCCCUUUAUUUUCUGUGUUUAACCGAUUAAUUGAAAAUUUUCCGAUUGGUCGAUGAAGUAAAUGUUAGCUGCAGACCCACACUAAUAAAACAUUUUGGCCUUUCAGAAUAAGAGCCUCGUAGUGCUGAGGUGCUCCUGGUGUGUGCAGAGGUGUGGAGCUCCGGGUCAUCAGAAGGUGUACAGCUGAUGAUGCCCCUCCUAACGCGCCGUGAUGCCGCAGCCCGCAGCGUCUCGGAUCAGCCACCAGCCUCUCCAGUCCUCCACCCACAGACCUGCAGCAGCUCCCGUGCGGGUUUCCUCCUGCUUCGCUUGUUCUGGAUCGGAUAACGGAAACGACGGCUGCGCUGCUGUCGCUCCGGGCGGACUGCGGGGCUUCGGGGCAAAACGGUGCCAGCGCUCGCGCUCGGUGCUCGCGCUGUUUGGUUGCAGAGCCGCGCGCCGGCCGCUGCGGGACGAUGAGACUUGAAGCAGUUUUGAAACUUCUCCCGUGCGUUGUGUUUUUACACGCAGCGCGCGCUCAGACAGUUAUCCCUCCAGAAUGUGCUCCGGGUGGCCACUCCAUCCUCCAGAACCCCUACCGCAGCACCACCUUCAGCUCCAGCUGGCUGCAGCAGUCGGCCCUGCAGGACUUCAUCUGCGACCACUCCCUCGCUCCCGGCUGGUACCAGUUUCAGAUUUUUGACAAGCCGGCCAGCAUGCCCACCCAGUGCGUGGAGGUGAACCACUGUGGGACCCAGGCUCCUGUGUGGCUGUCCCUGGGCGAGCUGGACUCCCUGCCGGGGCCUCUGGAGGUCAGGCAGCUGACGGCCUGUGCUGCCUGGCAGUUCUUCCCGAGCAGCCAGGCAGACUGCUGCAUGUUCCGCAUCCCGGUCACCGUCCGCAACUGUGAAGACUUCUACGUUUACCUGCUGCAGCCUACGCAGGGAUGCAUGGGAUACUGUGCACAGGAGAUGUCGGACACUUUGCCCACGUCGUCGCCGACCUGCGGCCCUGACGAGGUGAACGUCGAUGGAACAUGUAAAACCAAGCAGCCUCCCACUCCAUCUGUACCAGUGAUUGUCCCAGAGGUGACAGGAAACGUCAUCCACCUGAAGUGCAGCUUUGGGAGCAGCUCCAACAGCUCUCUGGGUUACGUGGUGGCUUGGUCUCGUCUCUCACCUGAGGGCGCAAAGGAGGAGCUCAAAGAGGAGACCACCAUCCAGACCUCCGCCUUCAUCGAGCUGGACGGCUUCAACCUCCGUCUGGGAGACAAGAUUUACUGCUCAAGCUCCAGUUUCUUCUUGGACUCGCCUGACGUCCGCAGCUCUUCGGUGCAAAGUCAGGAGUUCUUUGCAGGGAUUAGGCUAAGACCGGAGGCGAGCUUUGUGUCUGAGGAUGGGAGGCUGUAUGAGUUGGUGGUGGAGAGCACAGUUCCUGUCCCGUGUCUGGACGAGUCCACCUCCUCCACAGGACAGUGCGCUCUGUCCCUGCUGCUCAGCACCAGCAGCAAAGAUGAGGGCUUUUUGGGUGCAGAUCUGUCUCUGUCCUCCUGUGUGGUGGACCUGUCCCGGGUCCCCUGUAGGGACGGGGUCUGCAGCCGAGCUCUGAUCCAUUUCAGCCCCGUCACUGACUUUGUCAAAGAUGGCAACAGGACAACUCAGAUCUUCGUUAAAUCCGUCGACACGCAGAAUUUUCUCUGGAGUGGAUACUCGCCAGAACCCGUUGAGGUCACGGUGAAGGACGUCCCCGCGGCCUACUGCUACUCCUUUACUGAUCCUCAUAUCAUCACAUUUGAUGGCAGGCGCUAUGAGAACUACCAAAUAGGCACCUUUGUUCUCUAUAAGAGCAGUUACUGGCCGUUUGAGGUCCACGUUCGUCAGUGGGAGUGCGGCAGCGUGAUGCACGCCGCCUCCUGCGUGUGCGGCUUCGCGGUGAGGGAUGGCGGUGAUGUCAUCGCGUUUGACAUGUGCAAUGGAGAAAUGGGCGACACCAAACCUCACCUGUCUGUGAAGAGCAGAGAUCUGAGCAGGAGCAGCACUCGCAUCACCGAGUCCUACCAGGGACGCAAAGUCACGAUCAGCUUCUCGUCGGGAGCGUUUGUCCGUGCAGACGUGUCUGACUGGGGAAUGAGUCUGACUCUGAGAGCACCCGGUUCAGACUGGAGCCGCACUCAGGGCCUGUGCGGGACCUACGAUGGACUGUCAGACAACGACUUCCACUCAGCAGGGGGCGCCACUCUGGACAAUCUGCAUGCUUUUAUCUCUGAUUGGAGACUCCCUCCUGGCAGCAGCCUGUUUGACUCUGUGCCGUCACAUCUGAGCACACUGAGCCCCCGCAAGUACUGCAGCUGUCAGGCAGAGCCUCGCCUCACAUCUCCCAGAGCCCGAGCUCAUCCAGUCACCUCCUCCCACUCCACCUGCUCUCAUCGCGGCAACGUGCAUCUCCCCAGCGUCAUCCCCGGUCUGGACGUCACAGCUGAGUACAUCGGCUCAGUGGAAAUACUCAGAGGUGAAGGAAAUGAAAGACAGCCUCUGCCUCCGGGCCGCUUCAGCCAAAACACCCAGGAUCGAGAUACUGAUGCUCAGCCACGUGAAAGAAGCUUCCCUUCAGGAGCCUCCAGGCAUGGAGCUCCAAUCUCAGCUCGCCACCAGCGACGCAGAGGCCGGCGGCAGACACACCAUUACAUUUCGAACUCUCCACACCAAAGCCUCAGUCAGUCUGAUUUGGAGGGCUUCACCUACUUUUUCCCAGAGGACCACGAAGCAGCAGUUCAGCCAGACUCUUCCCUAACGUGGCCCACACCUUCUGGACUGACCGAGCGGCGGGCCAGGACUCUGUGCCAGCAGGCCGUGGAAAACUCGAGCAUAGCGUUAGGCUGCCGGCGUCUGUUAGCAGAAUCGGUAAUCAGCCAUGUAGUGGCUAUGUGUGUUACCGACCUACAGCUGAAGGAUGAGCUGUCAUGGCUGAAUGCGACAUUACCGCUGCUGGAAAACGAGUGUGAGAGGAGGCUGGUGGAGGAGAGGAGGAGAGAGGAGGAGUACCAGGAUGUCGUGGCUGUCCUCAAGUGUCCCAGUAUGUGCAACUGGAAUGGCCAGUGCUCAGAGUGGGGUUGUGUCUGCCUCCCAGGAUUCGGGUCAUAUGACUGCAGCGUGCUGUCUGACCAGAUCCCGGAGAUCACAGAGUUGGAGAAGGAGGGUCUGUGUGACGUCCGGCAGGGAGACUGCUCCACCGUCCAGGUCUACGGUCAAGGAUUCAAGGACUCCUAUGAGCUCAAGUGUGAGUUUGUUAAAGAAAAGUUUGUUGAUGGGGAGUGGGUUCUGGACAAGCCCCAGUUUGUCCCGGCCCUCUUUCUGGAUGUGACGGCCCUGGAGUGCCAGCUCCCCCUGGAGGACGGUCAGGCUCCUGCAGACGUUGAUCCGGAAACAGCGAUAAACAGGCCGCUGGCUCGCUGGCAGAUCAAAGUUUCCAAUGAUGGCUACAGCUACAGCAAUGCCAAGAUACUGACUCUGUACGAUGGAGCCUGCCAGAUCUGCAGCCUGGACACCGAAGGCCUCUGUACUCUGAGGGAGAAAACGUGCAGCAUCGAUGGCUUGUGUUACAGCGAGGGGGAGUCCAAUCCCAGCAGCCCCUGCCUCACGUGUCGCCCGGACUCGUCCAAGCAAGCAUGGUCGACAGCAGAGAAAAACGAGCCUCCGGCGCUCCACUCGAUGCCGUUUCAUCUCCGGUCCUUCCAGGGAGAGAAUUUCAUCUACCAGCUACAAGCUCGGGACCCUGAGGGCUCGGCGGUGCGCUUCACCCUGGAGUCAGGGCCUGAAGGUGCAUCUGUGUCUGCGGCCGGCCUGCUGAUGUGGAAGGCCACAGCUGAAACUGCAGACACGCACGCCUUCCAGUUUACUGUGAAGGACGAGUGUAACGCUGAGACCAGAGCCUCCGCACAGGUGUCCGUGGGCUCCUGUGAGUGUCUGAAUGGAGCUUCCUGUGUAAGCGACGUCAGCCUCCCCGUCGGCAGCGGGCAGUACCUGUGUGUGUGUCCAGAGGGAUUUACAGGUGAAAGGUGCGAGGUGAACAUCGACGACUGUAAACCGAACCCCUGCAGGCUGGGCCGCUGCAUCGACGGCGCCAACUCGUUUUCCUGUAUCUGCCCACCGGGAAUGACAGGCCGUACGUGUCGAGAAGACGUCGAUGAGUGCGCCUCUCAGCCUUGUUUCCCUGGAGUCGGCUGCAGCAACACGCUGGGCUCCUUCGUCUGUGGAGUCUGUCCGCCAGGAUUCAGUGGGGACGGCAAAAGCUGCGCAGAAGAAGCGGUGACCACACCAGCGAGAGAAGCGCAGGUUCCACCGAGGCCCAAACCCUCGGGCCCGUCGCCGUGCUCUGGACGGCCGUGUCACCCGGGGGUUCAGUGUUUCGAGAGCAUCCACAUCUCUGCGGGCUUCGUCUGUGGGCCCUGUCCUGCCGGUUUCCGUGGAAACGGACGAACGUGCACGACAACAGGUCUGGGGACAGUCGGCAGCGCAGCAGAAGGUCAUAUUCACAUCAUCAAAUCAAAUUCCAGCAGGGACACGACUCCCGCCUCCUCCUCAUCGUCUCCCACCUCACCCAGACGACCCCCUGACAGCAGGACCAGACCAGAAGCCACCGUCUCCAGUAUGAGGAGAGCUUCGCCACACAACCAAACCAGAGCAUUCAGCCCCCCUGUCCACAGAGCUCAGCCCGGCGGGGCCGAGCUGAACCCCGACCUCAUCGCUUGGGUCACGUGGGGGUCCCCAUCUCACCACGUGACCUGUGCCGACUCUCCCUGCUUCCCGGGUGUUCCCUGUGAACCCACCAUCACCGGGUCCUUCAGGUGUGGACGCUGCCCAUACGGUUACACCGGAGAUGGAGUCACAUGCAAAGCUGUGUGCAGGUAUGGCUGUGGGAGGAACAUGGAGUGCAGCCUGCCCAACACCUGCACCUGCAAGGAGGGCUACACCGGAUACAGCUGUCACAUCGCCGUGUGUCGACCCGACUGCAAGAACCAGGGGAAGUGUGUGAAAGCGAACGUGUGUGAAUGUCCUGCGGGCUACAGUGGGCCCACCUGUGAGGAGGCGAGCUGCAAGCCGCCUUGUCAACAUGGAGGCACCUGCCUGGCCAGGAACCUGUGCACCUGCCCCUACGGCUACGUGGGACCCAGAUGUGAAAUCAUGGUGUGUAACAGGCACUGUGAGCAUGGAGGCGAAUGUGUUUCUCCUGACGUCUGCAAAUGCAAGCUUGGCUGGUACGGACCGACAUGCAGCUCAGCUCUGUGUGACCCCGUCUGUCUGAAUGGAGGGACCUGCAUCAAGCCCAACAUCUGUGCUUGUCCCAGUGGCUUUUAUGGCUCUCAGUGUCAAAUCGCUGUGUGCAGUCCUCCUUGUAAGAAUGGAGGUCAGUGUAUGAGGAACAACGUGUGCUCCUGCCCUGAAGGCUACACAGGAAAAAGAUGUCAAAGGAGUGUAUGUGAGCCGAUCUGCAUGAACCAAGGCAAGUGUGUGGGACCCAACACCUGCUCCUGUGCGUCGGGAUGGAGAGGGAAGAGGUGCAACAUACCUGUCUGUCUGCAAAAGUGUAAAAAUGGCGGCGAGUGUUUGGGGCCAAACACCUGCCACUGUCCCACUGGCUGGGAAGGUCUGCAGUGCCAAACACCGGUCUGUAAGCUGCGGUGCUUGAACGGGGGGAGGUGCGUCCUUCCUGACUACUGCCACUGUCGGAAAGGCUUUAAGGGCCUCACCUGUGCAGUUAAGGCAUCACAAGCAUGAUGGAAAAGACGUGAGAAAGUACAUGAAAGAAGAAGCUACAAAAUGCACAAAGCAAGAAGAGAGCAACAUAAACUCUGUGUGUGUGUGCGCGCGUGUGUGUGCGCGCGUGUGUUGGUGGAUUUUGGUGCUCUUAUGUGAGGCUCCGUGCACGUUUGAAGGCUCGCACAGGGACUUGAUGUAUUGCACUUGUCUGUUUGCGUCCCUGUGCAUCACUACCUCAAGGCUCAAAGCGACACUCACGUCUGUGAGGUGCAUCAGCAAGUUUUCAGUUUUAACAAUUUAGCCAAAUUAUAGCCGGGUUUGACCAAACUGACGCGCGCUGUUUGUUUCUAAUUCAUGAGAAAAAUAAAGUAUGCAUAAUUUAGCUGGUACACGUAGGUAACUUGUUUGAGCGUUUGUUUAUUUUUCUUUAUUGCUUUCAUUAAUAUUGAUCGGGCCUGUUUAAGUUAUGAGCUGUUGUCCAUUUACACUGAUACUAAAGAUAUGCAGUAAAGUAAUGACGUCCUUCCUGUUUAUGUACGGUUUGUUUCCUGAAAAAAAAAAUCUGUCACUGCCAAAUUACACAAAUAAACAACAUGUACCAUUUC